AUAAUAUACAAGACAUCGUAGACUCCAGGAUUCGACUCCCUGCAGUUUGCUCUGUCUGCUGCAUAGCAUAACAUGGCACAUCACUUCACAGCCCAGGACAUCCACCAGCUAGGCCGACGCUACAACCCAACAACCACACCAUCUUCUGCCCAAAUUUCCACAAUACCUCCUCAAUCAACACCACAUCCUCCUCCUCCACCACCACAAAAAUUUCAACCCCAAUCAACCCUCCAGACCCAGAUCCCAGGAACAGAACCACCCACCGACCCCCUAGACCUAAAAUCCUUCCUCGAACGCACAUCCCCCAUAGGCCUACACAUAAUCAACAACCGGGACUUCUCCACCUCCAACACCCACCCAAGUCUAUGCCACCUCCACCCCUCGCAUGAAAUCCAUUUCGACAAUUAUCCUUCACCCUUAACUUGGGAUGAAUACAUGAACAUCUCGGAAAAACUCGUGCAAGAGAAUUCGAAGUAUAGGUUGGAGUUGAAAGGGAUUGAUAGUGAUAUUGAUGAAGUGUCCGGGAGGGCUACGGUGCAUAUGGAGAUUGAGAUUUUUGGGUUGAGUGGGACGGAGAGGAUGGCGGGGGUUAGCUCGGUGGAGUGGGAGAGGGACGAAACAGGGAGGUGGUGGGCGAUUAGUGCGGUGGGGAUGAGAGGGAGUGAGAUUGGAGGGGGGUUUGUUUGAGGAGUGGUUUUUGUUUGCAAUCCAUAUCUGUGAGUGCGCGAUGCGCUGUAUUCCGGCUCUGGUCAGAAUUACAUAUUGCCUCGUCCUUCCGUGGCAUUCGGGUGCUUCAGCCUUGCCUUAAUGCCUCUGCAGAAGUUCUGCGCAACAAUCAAGCGGGAAGAGCAUCUUCGCUUUCGUGCUUCGUAGAACCACCAG